GAGAGGGUGGAGCCCGAGCUGGGAGACUCGAUCAGAGUAGGUACUGCGCAGAGGUCUAGCCUGCAACCUAGGAAGAAGCUGAGAUUCACUGAAUCGAUGGUGGGAGGUGGGAGGGAGGGAGGUCUGCACGGGGCAGGGCUUCCAAGAGAAGGACGAGGAGUCCUUUGCUACCUGGGCACGCACCAGCCUGGGCUGUAUCCUUAAGGUUCCUGAUAGCGUUGUCCCCCGACAGGUGGGACAUAUAUCCUUCAGGCAUAGUUAUUUGGCAGGGCUGGCUAAGGGCACCAAGACAGCUGGUAGCAACUGGCAGGAGCUCGCCAAAGCCGCCCUUCUGGAUUGACAAGGGGGACGACGAACUGGCCUAUUCUUUCUAUUGAGGGAGCCCAUCCUGAGCCUGACCGGUUUGAAUGUUGAACCGACCUAAGUGGGCUAGUCAUGCCUGCCAAAAUCACCCUGAUGGAGCUGGUGGACCUUUCAAUUGGUACCCCGGAGAUUGGCGCUGUCAACUUCAACGCCCUCCACACCUUGCUCUUAACUAUGCUCAAACAUCUAAACCUGCAGGAAGUCAAAAUUGACUUGCCUCCCCACAUCACUGAGCAGAGCCGGAGCACAGAGUCUCUCCGGGCGUCCAUAAGUGGGUACCCGACCAAAGAAAAGAGAAAGGUCAGCAUCAGUAAGCAGCCUUCUUCAGCGCGACCUACACCCCAAGUAAUAGAGGCUCAGGUGAAGGACCUGGGGGGACAGGUACAGGAUUUAGGCAAACAAGUCCAAGCCAUUGGGAGUCAGGUGCAAGGAAUUGAGAGCCAGGUACAGAACAUUGGCUCCCAGGUUGAUGUGUUUGGGCAGCAAAUAGCUGCUUUGGACAAGCUGCCAUCCGGUACCGACCUGUUAGAGAAGACGCCGAGUGGCUCCCGGGUGUCAGACAUGUGGCAAAUGAUGCAGAUGAAAAAGAAAGUGGAGGCCAAUGAGGACGGCAUUUCCAAGGCUAUGGGACUGAUCCAAGAUGUCAUGAAUGAAGUCAAAGACUUGAAGGCCGAUCAAGAGAAGAGGUAUCUUCAGAAGGAGCUUCCCCAGGAAGCUCUAACUCGAAAGAUGAGUUUGUAUCCAGAAGACAAUUCGAUAGUUACCUGGGAAGACUUGGAGCAGGCACUAGUUUCUGGUCAAAGAAGCUCUACGGCAGUGGACAAGACUUCAGAGACCUCUCUAAUUACUGCAAUACCUGUGCCCCUUGAAAAGGCUUCUCCAGCCGCGAAAAAAAUAAGUUCACAGAAGAUGCCACCUGGCACAGAGAUUCCACCCCCCACUUCGGGAAGCUGCUGGACCAAGGCAGAUUGGCACAGAACAUUCCCUACUGCCCUCUGGCACUGCACAGCAAUCCCCUCUAACCUUAGUUAGCGGCACACUCCCUUCUACAUCCCUAGUCACUUCCCCGUUUUCUCCAUUUGCUCCAGGCAUAGGUCAGCUAGCCCCUGGGGUAGGUCAGCCAUCUCUCGCUCCAGGAAUAGAUCAGCAAGACGCUGUAACCCCAGUAACAUAUCAGCAAGUAGCAACAGCUGUAGGCCUAGGUCAACCAGUUCCUGGAACCCCACCCACCCAUCCUCUAGUACCUGGAACCCCACCCAACUAUCAGCCAGGACUCAGUGCCCCAGUACCCUAUCCUGGCGCCCCAGUAGCCUUCCCUGGAGCCCCCAGCGCCUACCCUGG